UUCACCCUGGGCUGACUUCUGCCCUUCGGAUCCACCCCCUGCCCAAGCCAACCCCAAAGACGCUCCCGUGGGGCUCGGCACGGCUCCAGCUCCAGGAGGGAGCGCGAAGUUAUAUAUGCGGCAGCCCCGGCACCACUCCCCAUCCCACUGGUGAAGCCAGAGGAGCUGAGGCGAGAUGAGCACCGAGGGGCUGAGCCUGGCGCUGGUCCUACUGUGCUUGCUGCGUGUGCAGGCGGUGGACCUGGGAACUGUGGAGCCAGACGAGAGCAAGAUUGCAGGGACAUGGUACAUCACUGCUAUGGCCUCUGACUCUGAGAGCUACCUCCAAAAAAAGGACCAACUGAAGAUGGCGAUGGCCAACAUUGAGGUCCUGGAGAAUGGUGACCUGAACGUCUCCUUUGCAAUUCCCACCCCUGGGAGAUGUAUGAAGUUUUCAUCGAUCUACAAGCCUACAGACAACCCGGGUGAAUACUACAGCUCUGACAGGGGCAAUAAGACGGUGCAGCUGGUGGAUACCGACGGCAGUUCCUACAUGGUUGUCUUUGCCACCAGAGAGAAAGAUGGGAAGACCUUGCACAUGCUGAGACUUUACAGCAGAAGCCAGUGGGUGAGAACCAAAACCAAAUUGCUGUUCAAGAGACUUGCCAAGCUGAAUGGCUUCACCGACAAGACCAUCUGGAUUUUACCCAGGCAGGAGGAAUGCCUACUUGGUGAACCAUAGGCAGCGCAGACUGGCUCGUAGAUGCUCCUGCCAAACAAUGCAAGACCGACACUCUGAAGCUCCAGGCUCCUGCUCCACCAUCCUUCUUCCAAGCUCUGUUGUCAGGACUCUGAUACAUCCCUUGCCCUUCCAUCACACAGUCCCUGCUUUUUGCCAAAUAAACAGAACCCCUUCCCACA